AUGGGAAGCAAAGGAAGGAUUCCUCCACCUCAUAUGAGGCGUCCUCUUCCAGGUCCCGGUAUAGCUCACCAUCCCGAAGCUUUUGGCUCCGGUAUGCCUCCUCCUGCUCAGGGAGCGUUUCCUUCCUUCAACAUGAUGCCUCCACCUGAAGUCAUGGAGCAGAAGUUCGUGGCACAGCACGGGGAAAUGCAGAGGCUGGCGAUAGAGAAUCAGAGGCUUGCGUCUACGCAUGGUAACCUAAGACAGGAGCUAGCUGCAGCGCAGCACGAGCUGCAGAUGUUGCAUUCGCAGAUAGGGUCGAUGAAGUCCGAGAGAGAGCAACGUAUGAGCGGUCUUGCGGAUAAAGUUGCGAAGAUGGAGGCUGAGCUUCGAAAGUCCGACGCCGUGAAGAUGGAGAUGCAAGAGGCCCGCGCGGAGGCGCAUAACCUGGUUGUGGCGAGGGAGGAUCUUAUGUCCAAAGUGCAUCAGUUGACUCAGGAACUUCAGAAAGCUCGUUCCGAUGUGCAGCAAGUGCCAGCUCUGAUGUCUGAGCUUGAUGGUUUAAGACAGGAAUACCAGCAGUGCAGGGCAACGUAUGACUAUGAGAAGAAGUUUUACAACGACCAUAUCGAGUCACUUCAGGCAAUGCAGAAGAACUACAUGACUAUGGCUAUGGAAGUACAAAAGCUUCAAGCACAGUUAAUGAACAACACAAAUUCGGAUAGAAGAGCCGGUGGCCCUUAUGGUAGCAACAUCAAUCCUGAACAUGACGCUUCUGGGCAUCAGAGUGGAGUUGGUUACUAUGAGGAUACUUUUGGUCACCAGGGAUAUGUUCCUCCACCAGCUGCUGGUACCGCACCUGGACCAAAUCCAGUUGCUGCCACAGCUCAAUUCCCUUAUCCAGGUGUAACUCAGCCCGGUUACUUCCCUCCAAGACCCGGUUACUACUUCCCACGAGGUCCUCCUGGUCCGUAUGACCCAACAAGGGUACCCGCAGGACCACAUGGCGGUCCUUUCCCACCUGGAUCAUCCAACAAUGCGCCGCCGUACGGCUCUGCUGCAACAACUGGUCCACGUGGAAACCCUAGUCGGAGAUGA